AUGUCCCAGAAGGAUGACAACAUCUGGAGGUCGCUUUGCCUACUGAAACUCUUCGCACAUGUUGGGCAGGACUGGGCCGAUACCGAGUUCGAGCUCGUACUUGGUGAUGGAAGCUCCGCAUCGCUGUUCUGUGAUGGUGUCGCAUGGCUUGACACCGGGCGAUAG